UUGUUUGCCAACCGCCAUAAAAACAAGAAGAAGAAGAAGAAGAAGAAGACAUCCCAACCAUAGACAACGAGUUGCUGUACGCGGAAAUGUGUGCGAUCAAUGCAUGGACAGUAAAAGAUAUGCUACGAUGCAGUUGAGACGUGUUUAGCCUACCUCAUGUCAGUCGUUCGUCCGCUCUUAGCAGGCUACGUAGGCCUAUGCAAACACUUUAAUUCGUUUGGAAAUGCAUCUGAAGAAGGAAGAGCUGUUUGAUGGGAAAUACACCAACUAUCACCUUUCAAAGUUGUAGAGCUUGUAGGAUAAGUCACGUAUUCUAGUGCACAUGGCAAAACACUAUGAUGUCGGUGAAGAAAAAUUCAGCGCGAGUUAUGAACCGAAUCUGGGUCUGUGUAGGCCUACGACUGGGGAGAAGGAGGAGGAGGAGGAGGACGUGAAAAGUGAACUGAUCGACACGCGGACAACAACAUGCUAUGAUCCAACACAGCCUGGUGGUGAUGAAGAGACGAUACCAACCAAAGAAGAACUAGAAGAGUCAACAGUAAAAACCAUAAUAAUUAAGACUGAAGACAUUGAAGAUCAAUUAAAUCAAUACCAGAACAGCCAUGACACUACAGCAGCAGCAGCAGCAACAGCAGCACCAGCAGCAGCAGCAGCAACAGCAGCAGCAGAUGAUGGAGGCGGCUCAAGGAGGAACCUCUUGCUCCUUGCGUGCCCAGAGUGUGGCAAACGCUUCAAAUACCUGGCGUCGCUGCGGACGCAUCUAAGGCUGCACACCGGAGAAAACCUCCACCCAUGUCCCCAGUGCGACAGGACCUUCACGCGUGAGGCUCACCUGGCCAACCACCUGAGGACGCACGCGCCCGCAGCAGACGAUCAAAGCGCAACGCGGCAGAGCAAACCCAGGCCUUACGAGUGCCCGGACUGCGACAAGAGCUUCCUGCGCCCUGCGUCGCUGCAGAGACACCGAAGGCUGCACACGGGCGAAGGUCUCCUCCAGUGCCCCCAGUGUGACCGGUCCUUUGCGAUCGAGGCCCACCUGACCCACCACCUGAAGUCGCACGUUCGCAAGACCUACGAGUGCGCGCAGUGCGAGAAGCCCUUCACCUGCCGGAAAAACCUGCGAAUACAUCAGGAUCACCUGAACAACGUCGCACCCACGCAAUGUCCACACUGCGCCAAGGUGUUUAGUCGCACCACGUGCAUCAAGUACCACCGCGGGAAACAUCUGGAAGGCUCGCAGCACGUGUGCUCCGAUUGCGGGAAGGUGUUCAGCGGCGCCACGCCCCUCAGGGACCAUCAGAGGAGCCACGGAGCGAGGCCGUACCCCUGCCCGCAGUGUCCCGCCGCGUUCCUGCGCCCGUCCUCUCUCGCCAAGCACCAGCUCACGCACACGGGCGAGAAGCCGUUCAGCUGCUGCCAGUGCGGCCGGUCCUUCCGCUGCAAGGGGACGCUGAAGAGGCACAAGAGCACGCACAUCGCCCCGGGCGACCAGGGGACGGCGGUGCCCUGCCGAUGCGCUACCUGUCAGGAGAUCUUCCCGCCGCCCACGCGACUCACCUCCUUGGAGAGGAAGCGUCACAAGUGUCCCAAGUGCGGGAAGGCGUUCGCCCGGCUCACCUACCUGAAGCUGCACCUGUGCUUCCACGCGCGCCGGGAGAUGCGGCACUUCCGCUGCGGCCAGUGCGACAGUGAGAUAUUCUCGCGCCUCUAUCAGCUCGAAGCGCACCGCAACGAGGCGCACGGCAGCAGCAGCGGCAGCUACCGUUGCUGCCGGUGCGAACGGGCGUUCGUGCUGAAGUCGAGCCUCAGGGCGCACAGGAAAGCGGCGCACGCCGGCGCCAAGCCCUGCAGUUGCCCGCGGUGCCGGGAGCUCUUCACGCCGUACGGGUGUCCCGACUGCGGCACGGCCUUUGCCUCUCCGUCGGCGCUCCGCAUUCACCAGAGGCUACACAGCGGGGAGAGGCCCUACGCGUGCACGCAGUGCGACAAGACCUUCGCCAUCGCAGGGAGCCUGCGCAGUCACGAACGCACGCACAACGGCACCAGAGAGAAGCCGUUUCUGUGCUCGGACUGCGGCAAGACCUUCAGUUACUUGUCGUCGCUUCUCAGUCACCAGAGGAUACACAGCGGGGAGAAGCCGUUUGCGUGCACACAGUGCGGCAAGACCUUCACACAGGCGGCGGGCCUGCAUGGUCACGAGGGCACGCACACCAAGAGCUUCGCGUUGGCAAAAAGCCUGCGCGUUCACCAGAUGCUCCACAGCGCGAAGAAUAAGCCUUACGCGUGUUCAAAGUGCGACAAGACCUUCACAAGCGCAGGGUACCUACGCUGUCACGAACGCUGUCACGAACGCAUGCGCAACAGAGAGAAGCUGCUUCUGUGCUCAGACUGCGGCAAGACCUUCAGUUCCCUGUCGAAGCUCAGCGAUCACCAGAAGUCGCACAGCGGGGAGAGGCCUUACGCGUGCUUGCAGUGCCGCAAGACGUUUGCGCAGGCGAGUUACCUGCGCCGUCACGAACGCACGCACAGCGAGGAGAGGCCCUACAAGUGUUCUCAGUGCGGCAAGAGCUUCACAGUGGCAAACAGCCUGCGCCUUCACCAGCGGGUCCACACCGGGGAGAAGCCUUACUCGUGUUUGAAGUGCGGCAAGGCGUUCACGUUCCGCACAACCCUCUCCCGACACCAGCGCGUGCACACGGGCGAGAGGCCCUUCCCGUGCCAGCGAUGCGGACGGGCGUUCACGCGUCGGAGCGGCCUCACUGCGCACCGCUGCCACCCUGACGGCGCUCACUCGAGACGGCAAAGACGCGCGUGCCUACUCGCACUCGCCGAAGAAGCACGAGAAGAAACCGAAUGAGUGUCGGCUCAGGAGCUUUCAGUCAGCUUGAACUUGUUCAAACAGCAUCAAAAAGGUUGACUCACUGCAGAAAGGACACGUAAGGUGGCCACUCUCUUUAGCAGAAAGGACACAUAAGGAGGCCACACUCUUCAGGACACAUUAGGAGGCCACACUCUUUAGCAGGAAGGACACGUAAGGUGGCCACACUCUUUAGCAGGAAGGACACAUAAGGUGGCCACACUCUUUAGCAGUAAGGACGCAUAAGGAGGCCACACUCUUUAGCAGUAAGGACGCAUAAGGAGGCCACACUCUUUAGCAGGAAGGACACAUUAGGAGGCCACACUAUUUAGCAGUAAGGACGCAUAAGGAGGCCACACUCUUUAGCAGUAAGGACGCAUAAGGAGGCCACUCUCUACAGGACACAUUAGGAGGCCACUCUCUUUAGCAGUAAGGACGCAUAAGGAGGCCACUCUCUACAGGACACAUUAGGAGGCCACUCUCUUUAGCAGUAAGGACGCAUAAGGAGGCCACUCUCUACAGGACACAUUAGGAGGCCACUCUCUUUAGCAGUAAGGACGCAUAAGGAGGCCACUCUCUACAGGACACAUUAGGAGGCCACUCUCUUUAGCAGGAAGGACCCACAUGGAGGCCAGACUCUUUAGCAAAAGGGGGCAUUAGGAAGCCACACUCUUUAGCAGGAAGGACCCACAAGGUGACCAAAAGAGUUAGGUUACAUCUCACCCUGAUCAGGUGCCCAUUCAGGAGGGUAUUUCAAAUAUUUGUUUUUUGUGACAAACCUGGUUCAGUUAACUUACAGAGAGAGGCCACACACUAAAUAAAUGAGCUCUGUGGCUUUGUUUAGCUUGGGCUCUUUCAGGAUUUACCGCUUUAUUCUGAGUGAACUUCCCCUGGUGUGUAUGUCAUCAAACCCACUCCCCAAGUACACACACACAGGGAUGCCCAUGUAAGCAAUCUGUUGUUUACUGUUUAUGCAGUGUCUGAAAUGAUGCAUCGUGGAUGGUACAUGGUCACCACUAGUCUGUUUAUACGUCAAUGUCAAUGUUGCUUUACUUCACUCCAUCAACAUCUGAGUGAGCUGGCUACACUAUUGCGAACAAAUUCAAAUGCUCAAGUUAUAAAUUCCAAAGUUAUUUAGCAAAAGCAGAGCGUGAGUUUAGCGUGAGUUCAGUACGACAAUAGUACCAUUUAAAAGUAUAGACCCAUAUGUGUAGUAGUCCUACAGUAAAUUUGUAUGGAUAAAUCUGUCUACUAAAUAAAAUAAAUGUAAAGUUGGAAAACAUUUUUUUGGAUUUUUGUAUUGAAGAGAAUUUGGGAUCAAGUAGACACUCAUUUGCAAUUUUUCUGCAGACCGCCAGAGAACCGAUGAGCAAUGCCAGCAGACCGCCAGCUAUGCCCUCAAUGGACCGACAGUGGUCCGACAGCUAUGCCCUCAAUGGACCGACAGUGGUCCGCCAGCCUCUUGCUAUC